CCACGUUCAGUUUUCGUCUGAACGCGACGCGUGCCAGUGUUCUCUUCCGCCGAAGACGGUCUUCUUUUGGAUUUCUCCUUUUUGCCUAGCCAACGAAUUAAGUUCUCUUCUCUCCCAAAAUGAAACAUACAACGUAAUCUAUUUCUUAACAUGUGCAACGGAUAGAAAAUUCCCGACAUUCGCGAUUUAGUUAAUUUUUUUCGCCACCGUGUAUAUCCAAAUAUUUCUUGUAUCGAUUUCACCGGGUUUUCUUACAUUUUUUCGCUCACGAUGGCUGCACGGACGAACUCGAAUCGGAGUUUCAAGAUUUUCGCAGUGACAGCUAUUGUAGCGAUCACGGGCUGCGCUUCGCAAACCAUUCAAAUAACGCCAAACGAAGAAGAACCGGUAAGGGAGGAACGGUCGAAAUACGGUGUGACGUGCCACGGUCCGAACCUCAGCGAAUUCCAAUGGCGAGGUCCGGCGGGCAUAAUAUCGCAGAGCCCUCAAUUCAGGGUGCACUCGCAGAAGUUGCCGAUGCAGCGGAAUCAGACCGGACUUCUGUUGGUGUUCGAGACGGUCAAACAGGAGGACGUGGGCGGGUACUUUUGCACUGCAACCGGCAUGGACGGACGUGGCCAUUCCAUUAGCAUCACGCUGACCGUGACCAAAAUAUUGGAGUUUGACACGCCCGUUGAACAGACCACUAACGAGUACACCGACUACACCAUCAAAUGCAGGGUGAAAGGUACCUCGAACCCAACAUUUAUGUGGUCGUACAACGGUCUGACGUUAAAAGAAGAAACGGAAAAUGGAAAGUAUUCGGUCGUCAAAGGCGGGCUGAUUGUGCGGAACGUGACGCACCUGGAUUCGGGUAAAUACACGUGCAGAGCUUUCGAGACCACUAACAAGUCAAGUGUUUCCGGGAGUACAGUAAUCGAAUUAAAAGUCAAACACAAACCGGUAUUUUUGAGCUACAUGGAAGGCGAUCCCGUUGACCUGUACGUCUUCCAAUCAGACUCAGUUAAUUUAACGUGUCAGAAUUCAGCCGAACCGGCGGCAAACAUGACGUGGAGUUUCAACGGAAAAUUUUUCAUCAACCCUGCCGACCACUACAUCGUGACGUUCAACAGACCGGAAAAGUUGGGAUCGUACACGUGCGCGGCCGCGAAUAAUUUGGGCAAAAUCACCAGACGGUUCAACCUGAUCGAAGGGUUCAAGCCGAAAACGCCCAAAGGUCUCUCAGCGGCGCGUGUCGGUGACAACUACAUCGAACUGCAAGUGGAUCCCAACGACAAAGAGGACGAGUUGAUUGGCUACAGAGUCGAGUACGUGACGAGAGUCGUGGAACCCAGCGGAAAUACUUUCGAAAGUUUCGACAUGAUGAACUUCAAUACCACCGAAGGUCCUUUUGCACUAGUCAACCUCAAACCGAACACCGAAUAUAUAACUAAAAUCUUGGCAAGGAACCGGGCCGGUAACAGCGAAUACACCGAACCGAUCGUGGUGCGGACUUCGCCUGAGAUUGUCAACAGCGGCGCAGUGGCGGCCCUCUCCGGCGGGUUCCUCCUCGGACAGCUCCUGACCGUCAUCGCUGGCGCUGGCGCCGGCGCCUUGUUCGCGGCCAGACUAUAAACGCCGCCGAUCCAUAAUAUACAAACAGUCGCAUGAUAUUAGAUCUAUAUUAUAUUAUACACGUACAGCCUUCAUAGAUCUAUUCAAAAGCUUCUAUGUAUAGGACUAAAAAAAGCCAUCGUCGCGAUAAUAAUAUAAUAGAUCUUCUGUCUUAUCUUUCUAUAUAAUAUAUAAGUCAUAUUAUACCGCCACCAUCGCUCCGGUAUAACAAUAAUAAUAUUACGUGGUCGUCCACUCGUCGUUAUAGUUUUAUCGGGGCACACGAUUCCCCCCGCCCGCUUGUUUUAUUUUUAUCGUAUAUUAAUUAACAUUAUAAUGUUAUAAUAAUAUUAUGACGUGCAUGUCGCUUGUCGUCGUCGCGAAAUGGACGACGUAACAAUACGUCAUACAAUACCUACAACUACUGUCCUAGUCCUUUUACUCUAUAUUAUGAUACAAAAUAUAUUGUCUGUAUCGAAUCCGCUCGGACAAAUAAUGAUAAAACUCUAUAUAAACCUACAUACGAUGGUGGCGUUUCAAUAACAUUGACAUACUUUUCUAGGUACUAUACGUCAUAUUAAACACACACACACACACACUCUCACUCUCUCACACACGCACACACACACACACAUGCGUAUAUAAAAACCAAAACUCACGUUCGACGUGUAUAUUAUCUCUUUCAAAUGAUACGUGAACAGACACACGAUACGCAGACAACACACCCGAAGAUUUGGCUUUUGUCGCAGUCUAUUUGUCGGCGACGGCUGUGUGUAAUAUUCGCGUGUUCGGUGGAGAGUGCGAGUAAAAUAAUAUGUCCACGCCGCCGCCGCAGUGCGCAAAACAGUGUGUUUAUAUUAUUAUACGACACACACGACCGUCAUUCCGAAAUAAUAAUAAUAAUAUUGCCGUUAUUAUUGUUGUGUCGACAUAUUAUUAUUUGUUUCUUCGCAGACGACGACACAGUCUCCGCUUUUGCCGCCGCCGCCGUUAAAUUACGUCGUCGUCUUAUUGCGCAGCGACAGGUAUAAUAUUUCGAAGGAUAAAAAAAAAUUAAAAUACAAUUAUUUACGCGCUUAAGGUUUUUUUGUCUUCUCCGUAAUAAUGCAUUACGUUACUGUAAAUAUCUAAAUACCAUAAUACUAUAUUAUUAUAUAUUAUAUUUUACGUGUACUCUAGUGACGAUAAUCCCUAUAUAAUAUUAUAGAUAGGCGUAUUGAUAGGAUUAUAUUAAUAUAUUAUUAUACUAAUACAUACGCGAAUGUUGUUCGAUUAUGAUACACAUUUGAUUUAAAAAAACAACUCCGAUCCGAUAUGUACGUAGUGGUAUAUGAAAAAAAUAUAAUAUUUUCGGAGUCACGUAGUUAUAUAUAUAGUCUUCGUGCAUAUUAUAACAUGAUUGGGCAUUGUUUGCGAGUGAUGUAAAACGUAUCAAAUAUUAUAUUAUAUUAUAUAACAUUGAUUAUUAUUAUUGUAAAAUACGUAUGUUAAUAUUAUUACCACUACUUUAUAUUAUAUUAUUAUUAUAAUUAUAACUAUAUUAUUGCCUAUUAUUGUUUUAUGUACUUGCAACUCGAGAAUAGGCGCCACCCUCGAAACGGAAAACGAUUACUGCAUACUUACCUGUAACAUAAUAAUACCUACUCAUAUUAUUAUAUUAUAUGCACUAUAUACGUGCGAUAAAAAUGAAAAAGAAAAACGCUUGACGUGAAAAUAUAUUGGCUUAUGCAAUUUUGUAUAUGUGCAUAUAUAUAUAUAUAUAUGUGUGUGUGUGACACGCCGCGCCGGCGCAUGAUUUAUUCGGUUUCUAUACAUUUUAUUUUUUUCCCUCGGUUUUUAUCAUUUUAAUAAUAAAGUGUACACUCUGUGACACACCGUGUGGCCUUUACAGUAAAACGGUUUUUACGACCAGAAUCUGACGUCGGGAACAACAUAAUAUACUUUGAAUAUUUAUUAGGUAUGUCUUUCCCGCCCCACCGGCCGUUUCCCCCGAGCAUUUGUGGAUAUAUUAUUGUUAUUGUUAUUAUAUCCAAGCCACUACGACGAUGUCCUUGCGCCUCGACAGACGCCUCCCCGUACCAGAUUUUCGUCUGACCGAGCCGAGCCAAAGUACGCGUCUUCGAUGAGGGUUAGAGGUGGUGAGGGGGGAGGGGUUGAGGGAUUUCGACGUACCUUUAUUGCACUUCUCGAUCGCGAGUGCGGCGGGCUAAAGACCUUUACAUGUUAUAUGACUGCGCAGGACGACGUUUUAGAUUCCGCCGAGUGGAACUUGUAUUUUUCUCUUUUCUUUUUUCAUUUUUUUCUUUUAUCUCGACGUCCGCAUCUUCCCUUCGCCGUAAUAAUAUAAUAUAUAUACCUACCUUUAUUUUUGGUCUUUAAAACGCCGAAUUCCUCGCGGUAAAUAAACAUCGGUUAACAUAAAAUAUCAUAUAAUUUAUCCAUAUACACGCAGCGUAUUUUUUUAUAGAACAUUAGAUAAUAAUGUUUAUUGUGCACCCGCGGAUAUACCUAAUCUCUUUUGAAUGAGAGAUCGUUUUUUAUUUCUCUGUCAAAUAUCUCUAUUACUCACCUUGCAUCGUGUGUCUUUUGAUCACGUUUGAUCGCGAUUAUUGUUUCAAACAUUUCCCCAUCAUAAAUCAAAGCGUUUCCAUUGAAAUGAGCCUGCAAUGUUUUAAUCGUCAACUUCUGUCGCUAUAUUAUUACCGAGUGCAUGCAAUUCUCUGAAGUUGAAAAAUAUAUUAUCCUUCUACGAAAAGUAUUUAUUUUUGGUAUUAUUGCCCAAAAGGACUAUUGUGUCUGUUCGAAACCUUAAAUCUCUAACCCCCUCCCUCCACGAAAAAACGCGUGAGUUGGCGAAUAUCUGGAGACGGGCAUUGGCGUGAAUAUUUAAUUGGCGCCGCUGUAUGUGUACUCCCAACCCACUGACAUAGAUUUCGGUUAGGACUGUUAGGAGCUCUAAAAAAUCGAGUCAAAUCUUCUUAACACGUUUCGGUAAAUUACGACGAUAAAUACGGAAAAAAAUUGUAUAAUUAAGUUAAUACAUCGUAUCCAGGUACAUCCAUAAUCAAAGACACUUGAAUUUUGUCAUUAUUUGCGAUGGCCGUGUAAAAACUGUCUCAAAACGUGAUCAAUGAUGGAAAAUUGAUCGUGUAUGCGUAGAGUGUUCCAAAAAAAUUAAAUCAUUGUCCUAUUUCUUCCCUGUUUUCCCGAUGCGCAAGUGUAUUAUUAAUACGUGGAAACCGUUUUUCAGAAAAUGUUACAAUUUGUUUUGUUCAUUUUUAGCAUUCGACUUUAUUGUUCUUUGUAAAACUAUUAUUAUUAUUAUAAUUAUAAUUUUUUUUAAGCAUUUAAAAGUAUAUGUAUUAGAUUUUAUUGAUUUUAAUAUAAUAUAUUCUUACUCAUGAUAAAUUUUAUUUUAUAUACGUGUCUCUAUAUUUUAUGAAAAUAAAAAGUAGCAAUAGUGUAAUGCACUAAUAUAUUUACAAUAACAUUUAAUAUUAUAUAUACCUAAUAUAUAUAUAUAUAUAUAUAUAUAUUAUAUACGUUAAACUAGUGUUACGUUGCUAAACUCUUAAAAAAAUAUAAAUUGUGAAUUUACUAUAUAUGCAUGAUGUUAAAAGUCAAAACCUUAAACCAUACUAUAUAUUAGUUUUCACAUGUGAAAAUUGAUUUUACAAUAAUUCAUAUUUUCAUAACGAAAACAAAUGUUUAUAUAGAGAAAGAAAUCACUAAUAAAUGUUUAAUUGA